AUGAAUCAGGAAUCAGCAGCUAGAAAGCUAAAGCCAGGCGAACAGCUGCAAGUUUGUCUUGGCAGCCCAGGUAGCAGGAUGAUGACCGGCACUCAACCUGCCGGGACGACUGGUCGGAGCAAGCCCCCGCCCGGGGCCUCACGGCUUGCAAGCAGCACUCCUGGACUCCUUAAGAGCAGCAGCAAGAAUUUGUCCUUUGGAAGUGAUUCCAAGCCUCCUGCAAAGGAGCGCAUCAGUUUCAUUCCCCAUCCAAAGACGCUGACCAUGGCGGGCGACUACGAGUACUUCUCUGCCCGGGGUCACCAUCCAUUCGCAUUUGCUUUGGCAGAGCUCAUUGAUAACUCGUUGCGAGCUACUAAAGCCCAGCUACCAACAGACCCUUCAGUUGCCAGCGCUGAGAGGCCGCGGAUGAUUGUUGUUAGCCUGGUGGUGAACGAGCGUGGCACAGCCGGACUCAUCCGCGUCCAGGAUAAUGGGCGUGGCAUGUCAUCAAAGGAGCUUGGCGAGUGGGCGAUCAUGAACCUGUCCAUGGAGGACCGCGGACUGCUUCCCAGCGCAGGACAGCGGAUCUCGGAGCAGGCAGGGGGCGGCCGCUACCUCAGCGGCGACCUAUCCUUUUUCGGUGUUGGCUCAAAAAACGCGGCCUUCUUCAUGGGAAGCUCCGUCAAGUUAGCGACGCGGCAAGCGGGUAGCGAGUUUGUGCACGAGCUGCACAUCGCCGGGGCGGAACUUGAACGCAGGUACAGGGACGGCGAGAACGUGUAUGAGGAGGACCUGAUUCAUCGCGAACCUGGCGAUGCUUCCACGGUUUCCCAAGAGGAGUCCCAGUUCGCUGUUUCUCGCUCAUGGCUUGCGGAGGAGCCCGCCGCCACGUCGUUCACUCGUGUUACCAUAGGGGACCUGCGUGCCGACGUGUUGAGCCUAGUGCGUGACAGCGAAAGCGGCGCCAUGGUGUGCCGCGACCUGGCGCACCUGUACCAUUAUUACCUGCACGGGCCGUCAGGCAACGUGGGCGCCAGCCACUCAACGGCCGCUGGGGGCAGUGGCCCUCCAGGUGUUCUUCCUGGCGGCGAGGUGAUGCCCACUAUUAUUGUGGAAUACCUAGUGGGCUCGCAGCAAGUGUGGCGGCGGGCGCUGGCAGAGGUUGACGACGACCUGGAGAGCAGAUACGUGCGGGCCGCGAAGGCGAGAAUGGAGUUUGAGGUGGACGUGCCCGGCAAAGGGACUGUCGAGGGCGUCAUGUGGUACUUCCCGUUCACGGACGGCGCUGAGACGGUGCCGCGGGAGCUCGGUGCUGCCGCAUAUGGUGGCGGCGGCUCGGCGGGACCCGGUGGGCAGGGUGUGCUGACCCAGUUCAUGCAGGAGCUGCCGACGCAGUUGUCACUACACGGCGCGGCAGCUCUGGCCACACAGCUGGCACGCGCAGAGCGAGGGGCCGCGAGCGGUACACAGACGGGGCAACUGCCGGAGCAGAUGCAGCGUGCGCUCGCGGACAUGCUGCGGGAGGAGGACCUGGAAGAAGGCCAUCCUCCGGUGCAAGGCCACCCGCCCAUGUUUGAGGCGUUCUGGCAGGGCCGCCUAAUCCCUGGAAGCGGCUUGGAGAGCCUCCCUUUCAUUGACGCAUUGCGAUCCAAGAUGCGCGGCAGCUCCUCGGGGAAGGACUACCUUCCAGAUGAGGUCUUUGGGCGCAUACGCGGCGCGCUGUUCUUCGGACCGGCCUGGCGCGUCACACGCAAUAAGCUUACCUUCCGAGACCCACUCCCAGAGCUGCUGGCGACUGCAAUUCCAUCUGAUCGCGCAAUCGAGAAGCGCCUGCGCGAGUGGCUGCGCGACUGCCACACCCGCCUGGACCGCAUCUUACAGUUCCAAGGGCCCGUGGACGUGGAAUUAAAGGCGCUGGUUCGGAAGGAGCUUGGGGAGGCUGUGACUGGCUUCACGGGGGUUUCCGACGGCACCCGCACGAUCAGCGCUGGUGACAUCGUCCGGCUGUCCACGAAACCAGUUGCGCUCGGACGUGUCAAGUACUUUGCCGUGCCCCAAGCCGGUGCUUCCGAAGGGGUCUACGCAACCGGCUUUGUGACGUUCAGUGGUCUCCCAGCCUUCCUCCACGGACCACGCCAUACUGCAACCCUCAACCUGCGGCGCAUCGAGGGAGUUGUGUCGCCAGCUGUGCUGGAGGAGUUCACGUCGCGUGAGCGCGCUAAGCUGCCAUCUUCCAUGCGGUUGGAGCCCAUCCGCUUCGCAUCAGGCCGACGUGUUGACGUCUCAGUGGGCGAGGUCCUUCCGGAGACGACUGUGGCGCUCUGCAACGCCGCGGGGCAGCGCCUGACCCGGACAUUCUUACAGGGCCAGAAGGUCGCGCUCCGCGUGCGGCAGCGGCUUGUUUACUUGGGUCCACGGCGGCCAUCCGCGUAUUGCAGCGGGCUAUAUGUUUCCGGUGCUGGCGGGGAGGAGCAGGAGGCAGCGCGUGGGGAGCAGCUGGAGCCACAAGCUGUUGCUGCUGCGGACGCUAACGACCGGUCGGGUGCUGCAGCAGCUGCUGCAGCAGGCGAAACCGCCGAGCCUGUUGGCAAAAAAGGUCGCAAACGCCGUAAGAAGAACUAUCCGGCAGCAGAAGCUGCGAUGGACGACGGACAGGGUGUUGCCGAUGCCGUUAAAGAGAACCAAGUGCCGCAGCCCCAGUCCAAACGAUCUCGCCGCGUGUCAUCUGAGGCCGACGUCGGGAACAAGGCCGUGUCCGACCCCGCGGGUGCUACAGCAGCGCCCAGCCGGGCAGGAGCCGCCGGGCCCCUUCCAGAGGGUGUUGGGGAGCUCGUGCUUGAGGUCGAGAACAAGACCCCUGUCGACAACUUAUACCAGUUUAGUAGGAUUACCGGCGGUCUGACACGCUCCGGAACCUACUUCCUGGAGUAUUCCAUGCUGCCCGACCUGCCGGCGGGCUGCGACCCGAGCGGGGCUCCCAUGACCAUCUGGUCUCGUACCGUCUGCUACGCUACCGCCGGGCCAGCCGUGCGCUUUGAGUUGCGGGGCGAGGCGCGAGCCGUGCUUGCAACCAAGGCAAUUGCGCUCGGCGAGACGCUUCCAUCCCUGCAGCUCGUGUGCUUCGAUGCGCAAAACAAUGCGGUCACGCAAGCCGUGGGGCCAGGCGGAGGCCAUCCUGGCGCUACCGUUGAGGUGCAGCUGGCCAGUGCGGACACCGGCGACGGCGCCAGUGAGGAAGCGACACCUGGCUCCCUCGAGGAAGUCCAAAUUGAUUGGCAGGCGGUGCCAACGGAGGAGGGGCUCCUGCUCCAAGGCUUGCGGCUAACGGGGGGAAGGCCCGGCAACCGAGGCAUGAGACUCUUUGGCGGAUCUGGGAGGGGUGGAGAGGCACAGCAGGCACCUCACAGCCUCGAUCGCACACCAAAUGGUGGCCAGGAAGCGGCCGGGCCAAGGGCACCCGAAGUCAGCUUGCAGCUGCGUGUCUCAAUGCCCGACAUGCCAAGCCAGGUCCUACCCCUGAAGCUGCGACCUGGACCUCCCGCGGCGCUGCGACUCAUGACGGGCAACCCCUUCUCCGCAGACGCAGAGAGCUCGGAACCAGCGGCCAACCUGCAGGUCCUCCAGCCCGUCUGUGUCAUGAACGGUGAAGCCUUGCCCGUCUUCCAGGUGCUGGUGCUCGAUGCCUGGGGCAAUGCCAGCGGGCCCUCGGCAGACCUUCCGGCAAGUCUAGAGCUUGAGGGCCCUAUGCUGCAGCCCAGCCCGGCACCCUUCGACAUCGACGCGGGUGGAGUUGCAACUGUGCAGGGUGUGAAGGUGGCCGCACCCGAUGCAUCACACAUCGGCGCCCGUCAGGACAUGAGGCUGAGCAUACGUUGCACUGCCCGGGGCAGCGGCCCGCGGGCUGCGCUUGAGCUGGCACAGGCAAGCGCAGUGGAGGCCGAGGCGGUCGCCGCCACUGCGGGUGGUGCCUGCCCUUCGGGAGGUAUUGUGGGCUGGUCGCAAUUGCUGCUACCCCUCGUGGUGCAGCCGUGCACGCUGCCCGCGGGCCUACAGCUGUUAUACAAUGGGGAGCCUUGUGAGGUGGGCCCCAGUGCGACUGGCGACGGGCUAGUGGCAGUGUUGCGGAACGUGUCCGCGGGCUCCCAGCUUCGCGGCUUGUUGCUAACCCUGUUGGAUGAGGGUGGUCGGCCCGCGGUACCUGGUUUUAAAGGCAAGCUGCAAGUGUCAUGGAGCAAAGGUAGCAAAAAGGUCAAGGUGACGGAGGAAGGGUCAAGGCUGGAGCUGCCGCCGCUGGCUGUGCGAGAUCAGGUGGGGCCCGAGCCGCAAGGGGCUUGGGUCAGAUUUGUUGGUGAUGGCCCGCUGCUAUCCGGUGUGACACUCGAGACAUCGUUAGAGGUGCUGGUAGUCGCCGGUCCACCUGUCUCUUGGGGCGUCAGUCUGGUGGAGAGCGGCGGGGUCGCCAACGGAGGGGGUGGCGGUCCCGGGGCCACCACCAGCCAGGCUACCGAGAACCUAGGCUUCGUUGCGUGUGGUGCACUCGUGUGCUUGGAGGUGGAGGCGCAUGACGCCCACGGCAAUCGGUGCCUCACCUGGACGGGGCCCGGACCCAGACCCACGCCCGUUGUGGUGCCCACCAGAGAGCAGGGCGACGCGCCGCUGCUCUACGACACGGCAGACUGGGUCUGCGGCUGGGACUUGUCACAGCAAACUGGCUGCGAAGUUUACCGGGUGAGGAUGGCGCUCGGAGGCAGCGUGGGCCCCGUGAAGCUCGUGGUGCGUGACAUGCAAGGUCCUGACGGCGCGUCCCUGCUGCAGCCCGAUGAACUGCCGGUGGAGCUACACGCUGGGCAACCAACGACUAUUGCCUUCGACGGGCCACAGCUACUGCAAUGCGGUACACGGGGGUGCCUGGGCGAUCUCCGAGUUCGUGUCACGGACGAUUGGGGGAACCUGGUAGAGAAUCUGGCCUUAGGAGGCCGGGGAAGCAAGGAGCAGGGCUCAAACUUAGAGCUGACACUGCAGUCCAGCGCCAUUGCCACGGACGGCUCGGGAAACGCCGCCAAGGUGACUAAGGGCUGCACCUGCUUUCGGGAAGUGAAGGUGGAGGGAAGUCCGGGCGCGUAUUCCCUUCGCGUGGGUUCUGCCUCGCGCAAGGUGGCGUUGCGGGAGGCCGUGCUGACGGUCGAGGUCGUCGCUCUGAACGUUGUGCGCCACGUGGCAAUCGCGCCGUGUAGCCUUCCCGAGGAGCCGCUGGAGCCAGGGGCGUACCUGGACCUGCAGGUGGAGGUCACCACCGAGGACGGCGGGCCGCUACCCUUUGAGGUUGCGCGAGCAGGGCUGUCUCUGCGGGUUAAAGCCCCAUCGGCCGGGGCCGCCGCAGCUGCCAGGGGUGACCCCGAAGCGGCAGCGGCGGCAGCCGGGGGAGGCACUGGGGGCAAUAGUGCUGCCGCAUGUACAGUUGUGUUGCUGCCACAUCCGCCUGAAGAUGGGGCUUCGCUGAAUAGCCGGUCGCUGUGGACCUUUACCACGCCGGGGCCGCUGCUGGUGGCGGGCGAGUACUCGGUGACGGCGGAGUACGUGGAGCUCCGGCCGGAGCUGGCGAGGGCGCUGACGAAGGCCGAACAGAACGUCCGCAGCGUCAGCCACACAGUUGAGCUGCUUCCUGGACCGCCCGUGCGGGCUAAUCUGGAGCAGGAUCCUUGCGCCGCUGCCGCAGGCCCUAUCACUAUCACCAACGGCAGCGACUGUCGCGGCCGCACGCUGCUAUCCUCCGUCGCCGUGCAGCUGCGGGAUGAAUAUGGGAACGCAGUGGCACUGGACGGGGUAUCCGUGCGAUGGGUGCUUGGGUGGCCCAGCGAAGAGGAUGCUCUGCCCAAUAAUGGAUGUGACGGCGGGCCGGGGCUUGCACCCAAGGCGCUUGCAGCGGGGGCAGAGCUGCCGGCACUGCAGGGCGCCAGUGGUGACAUGCCAUAUGUGUUGGAGGCGCUGACGGACUCGCGCGGCCGUGCCUUCUUCAAGGAGCUCUCUGUGAUGGAGGGAACUGGUAGGGUGGGCUCCGCCCGCCGCGACAGCUGCGGCGACGGCGACGGUGCAGGCCUGGCUCUGCACCUUGAACUGCGUCUACUUGCCGCUCUCAACGUGGGCGGUGGUGUCUCGGCGGGCGGCAACGGCGGCUGGGUUUGCUGCUGGGCGGGGUCCGUCGUGUUCUCGGAUGAUGCAGCCCGCGCUGCAACAUUGCAGCGCCUAUGCGCGGCGCGGGACGAGCUGGCGGCUGCGGUGGCGCGUGAGGAGGAAGCCAAGGCCGCUGCACACAGGGCCCUAGAUGCUGCACAACAAGCUGUGCGCCAAGCGCAGAAGGCGGUGGAGCACAUUGUGCGGCGGGCAGGCCGGGGGAUGGCUGGUGCCCCGCAGAGCUCUGCGGAGGCGCAGGAGCUCCUCCAGCGCCUGCGAGAACAGCACCAACGUGCAACAUCUGCUUCGCAACAGCGCAAGGACGCCAUGAACGCUAGGUACGGCCCAAGCACCAGCGGCGUGGUGAUGGCGUUGAAUCGCUGCCUGACCGCCCCGGAGGGCCAAGGUGAAGUGGUGGGCGUCAUCGCACAGCUGGCAACAGUGGACAAUCCACACCUUUGCGCUCUGCUGUCCGCUGCUUUCGCCUCAACGUUGCAAAUCCUGGUGGUUCGCACGUAUGAAUGCAUCAAACGGCUUCGUGAGAUGCUCACGGCCAACCGCAACCAGCUGCCCUCAAUGCUGGCGAUCAACAUGGUGCAGGGCUUCACGGGAGACGGUGGCCGCCAGGCAGCAGAAAUGGUGGCGGCCAUGCGCAACGUCAGCCCGGAGGCCCGGGCUCUUCAAGCGGCGGGCUGCGACGGAGCGGACCCUACACUGCCCAUGCUGCUCCCGCACACACGCAUGCUGAUGUCUGCAAACCCAGAUCGGGUUCGGGCAGCGGCGGCCACGGGACCAGCUGCCGACGAAUGGCCGCACGGCUGCCUGGGGUACGCUGUCAACCUGGUGCGGCCCAUUAUCCCGGGCCACCGCUCCACCAUCUUCUACAGCCAGCUGGGGCGCACCCUGGUGUUCGAGACACUGGACCAGGCAGCUGCUUAUCGUACAUAUGUGGUACAGGCGCUAGGCUGCGCCGGGCUCGGCGACAUCUACACCUUGGAUGGCGGCAAGCUCAGCGGGCGCGGUGUCGUGGUGGGCAGCGGCUUCCGCGUGGCGGCACUGGAGGACGCGGUGGUCCGCUUUGGAGCGGCACAGGGCAGCCAACUGUAUGCGAAGCCCACGGUGUAUAUUGCCCAGGCAGGAUUGGUGAAGCAGCUUUCACAGCAGAUAUCGGACGUGGAGGCCCUGGCGGCGGCACUGGACGCGGUAGAGGGUGCAUCAUCAGCUGAGGCGCAAGCGCUAAAGCGGGCAGACGUAGCAGCGCAACGAAUGGAAGAGGCCCGCGCCAGUACUGCUGUGGAGCUGCAGCAGUUGGAGCGGGAGAUUGCGGCGCUUGCAGGGGACCAGCCCCAUGCCGCAGGCACAGGGGCCAGCAAGGGCAAGGGAGGUCGCGGACCGAAGAGGUCCCGAAACGGCGCGACGGCAGUGGCGGCUGGAGCGGCUGAGGGGCAGCCGGAUGCUGGGCCAGACAUGGCAGCGGAUGGCGGCAUGGGUGUGGCAACAGAUGGAGGUGCAACUGGAGGAAGGGGGCAACGGACCAAACGUGCAAGAGGCCAAGGCCGUAUGGCAGCGAUGCAGUGA